GGGAAGUUGAUGUGGCAUAGUGGUGGUGUGCGACGGAAUUAGAAAUAAGACAUCGCGUCGUUGGAUUGGAUGACGAGAGAGAUGGAGCACGCUAAAAAGGAAAAUGAUGACAUGCUACCUGCAAGCACACAAAGACAAAGCAAGGCGUGUUUGUGAUCGAGACGAAAGAUGUUCGAGGCGAAUAGUCAGGACAAAGGAUUCGACUCGGGAUCUUGCACACGACCACUCCCGUGUAGGGCUGGGCGGCGAUGACAAAGGCCGCUGUUGAACGCAGCUUUUGUCGAUGCUCGUAACAACGCAUCGCUGGGAACGCUCAAAGAAGUAGCGCGACUGAGGCUGCAACAGCAGUUGAUCCUAGGGGCCUCUGUAGAAAUGGUGGUUCUUACGGAUGGUGAGUGUGAGUAACGUUGGUGUGCAGACAUCGCAACCACCUGCGUUAUCUCAGUGAAGAGCUUCCACUCGAGGGCUUCAGAGCGUCCAAAAUGAAGGCACGAAAUUCUCUACAGAUCUUCGCAACCCCAUUCAAAUCCUCGUUUCUCUCCAUAUCUCCUUCCCCAUUUUCACCGCGCACGCCUCUCACACCCCCUCUUCCUGACCGACAGCGAGCUCAAAAGCCAGAUCGACAAACUCUAUCAACAUAUCCAGCAUCCCAACAUGAGGCGCCAUCAAGCCCUUUAGCCUGGAUGUGGAAAUGCCACAAGUGCCACCACAGCUACCGUCUAGGCGUAACCCGCCGCUGUCUCGAGGACGGACACCACUUUUGCAGUGGCAGCACGACCAUGAAAUCCUGGCGGAAAUCAAAUUCCUCAAGGAAACAACGGAACCACCGCGCCUGCCCCAGUGAGUUCGACUACGAAGGCUGGAAAACAAUCGGUCGGUGGCGAAGGGGUGGACCGAAACGCAGUGCGAGAACACACACAGGUACAGCCGUCAACGGCUCAGACAAAAUUCGAGAGAGGCAAGAUUGCUGGAACACAUGCGACUACCCCUCUGAAUGCCGCUGGGGCAAGAAAUUCGGCAUUCACACACCCGUCGAAUUUGUCUUUCCUAGUGUUGAAGUCAACAACAGUAUGCCCACACUGACUGCGCCUAUCAACACAUUGCCUGAGGGAAUCCUUAAGCCAGGGGACGGGAGUAGUAGUCUUGCCACGUCGAGAAAAGGGGCCAAGACGAAUCUUUGGACUGCGUUGCUGGCUAGUGCGGAACGGAGGAAAAGUGCUGGGGAACGUGGGGGGAGUCUGCUGUCUACUGUUGAGGAGAGGAGUGAGAAGGAGGGGGGUGCAGAUGUGACUUCUGCAACGAGAGAUAGCGACGGCGACGUGAUUAUGGGAACUAUUGACCCUGCGCUUCUGGAUUAUGCGAGUAGUCCGCUCUCACCCUCGUCAUUGCAAUCCGCCUCUUCUUCUUCAUCAGCGGUGGACUCGCUCAAGGCGUUGGUUAGUAGAAGACGGUAUCGACGCGUGAAGUCUCGUUCUAGGAUGAAUGGCUCAGUUGAUAAGAGACAUGCUGAAGUAGGGCAUGCGGUGAUGGGAAAUGUGAAAGAGAGGAUGCAGGAUCGGGUUAGUUUGGAUGAGGAGGAUAUGGUGGUAGAGGGGUUUGCGCCGUUGUGUCGGGUAAGGAGUAGAGGUUGUUCUGUGUGAGAUAUCUUUUACUUGGUUUGCCCACCUUCUUCAAAAUGAACAAUACAUGACUUCGUUGUAAACAUCGAAGCAGUGUAAUGCGAAUAGCCCCUUGCUCAUUCGAACAAUAUGGCAAAUCCCAACGUGAGGAUACCGUGCGGCUAAAAGUGGCACCUCCGUCGGCGGCCAGCACCCACGUUCCCUGCAGGGAUGCAUCUGUGCCUGACCCUUGACGCUCGGGCCACGU